AUGGAGGAUAUGUCUGACAGGCGAUCAUCACGACCGGUCGAAGAAGCUGAGGAAAGUUCCGUAGCUAUUGAGUCGCCACCUGAGGAGGAUGAAUUGGAUGCUAAUAGCAUGAUUCUUGGCUUUGGACCAGAGUUUAUGACGAAGGGCAACGACAAGGAAUCAGUUGGCAGGUUGAAAAAGCUUAUGACCAUAAUGGACUCCAUGAGUGUCACAGAGCUUGAUCAUCCCAAAGCAUCUGAACUGUUCUCGAAAGAGCCAAGAAGAGUGAUAAGAUUUGCACGAGGGUCGGGCACAACGCAUGCGGAGGUUCGUGAUCUGUUCAGUCAGUACAAGAAGUUCUCAGACAUGGUGAAAAAGAUGGGUUCAAUUAAGGGGUUGUUCUCGGGUAAGAACGGUGACAUCAAUCCGAAGAAGGUCAAUCCGGCGCAAAUGAUGAAGGUGAAUCAUCAGAGGCAAAGAUGA